AAGAAAUAUAGACUUAACAACAUUAACUGUGGUACAACUCAAUGUAUUUAACACUACCGUGGUGGGAAUGGCACGGAUUUAAUAUUAUCAUGUUUUAGUUACAUCCCUCUAUUCAUUCCAUACACAUGUAACAGAUCAAGUCACUGUUGGAAAAAACUACAAUAAUGUCAUGUCAGCAGUGCCUUAAACAAGUGAUGUUGAACAUACAUGAGGUCCACGUCCAAGGUCGAUAACCACUUGGUGUUGACCCAAAGCCCCCUUGUUUAUGAUGUUAUCUAUCAGCUACAUAUAGUCGGAGAAUAUCAUUGAGCCUUGAUAUAUGGGCCAAUUCUGUACUUGCAAGUAUAUUAAUUUAAUAAGUGUCCUUUAAUUAUUCUACACCGGUGUUGAGUAAGAAUCUUUCACUCACAACUAGGCAUAUUGCUUUGAAAAUUGUCCAUUUUGCAAUACCAGGUCACAGCAUCCAUCUGAAGGCAUACAGGUGUCAUUUCGGUUGUUUCACGAAACAGACUGCAGCGAUGCAGUUGUUUGCAUGUUGGGUAACAAAAGCCUACAUCCCAGCAGGAGCACCGCUCGGGGGGAGGAGCUUGCGUCCACACCUCACACCUGCCGACUGCGGCCACUGCGAGUGGGUGUGUCCCGGUACUGUCAAGGUUUGAUAACACACAUGACGCCACAGAGCUGUUAGCCUCGGACGGAGACAGAUGAGCCAUGGGGAAGACAGGUGGAAGAGGCGACUUUGAAUGGGUUUACAAUGACCAGCCACACACUUCGAGAAGAAAAGUAAUCCUGGCCAAAUAUCCAGAGAUCAAGUCUCUGAUGGGUCCGGAUCCCCAGCUGAAGUGGGUGGUAUCGGCAAUGGUCCUGACCCAGCUACUGGCCUGUUACCUGGUCCAUGAUCUCUCCUGGAAGUGGAUCUUCUUCUGGGCUUAUGCCUUUGGGGGUUGCAUCAACCACUCCCUGACUCUGGCGAUCCACGACAUCUCUCACAACGUGGCCUUCGGCAACAAGUUGGCAAAGUGGAACCGCUGGUUUGCCAUGUGGGCCAACCUGCCGAUCGGGUUGCCUUACUCUGCCUCCUUUAAGAAGUACCACAUCGACCACCACCGGUAUCUUGGUGGGGACCAGCUGGAUGUCGACAUCCCAACAGACAUUGAGGGAUGGUUCUUCUGCACCCCAGCCAGGAAGGUCCUCUGGCUCUUCCUCCAGCCGCUCUUCUACGCCCUUCGCCCGUUGAUUGUGAAUCCUAAACCAUUGGGUCAGCUGGAGAUCCUGAAUGCAGCUGUGCAGCUCACAGCAGACUUAAUUAUCUACCAUCUAUGGGGGAUCAAGCCCAUUGUUUACCUAAUUGCAGGUUCCAUCCUGUGUAUGGGACUUCAUCCUAUCUCUGGACAUUUCAUAGCUGAGCAUUACAUGUUCCUGAAGGGACACGAGACCUAUUCCUACUAUGGAUCGCUGAACCUGAUCACCUUUAACGUCGGGUAUCACAUGGAGCACCAUGACUUCCCGAGCAUACCUGGCAGUAAACUACCUCAGGUAAAGCAUAUUGCAGCUGAAUAUUACAACAACCUUCCUCAGCACAGUUCCUGGAUUCGGGUAUUGUGGGACUUUGUGUUCGACGACAGCAUCGGCCCAUACGCCAGAAUCAAACGGGAGUACAAGCUGAGCAAGCAGCAAUAGAUCUGGUUUAUAUUUCCCUUAAACUGGAAAUGUAAUGUGAAUUUCAGUUCUUAAAUAUGAAUGGAUCCUUUUCAAAUAUUAUUAUACUUAUGUUCUUUUGAGUGUGUGGUUGUCAGUGAUGGUAAACUGUCUAACUCCUUAAAUAAGUUGUGGACUUGAAUUCUGACACAUUUCAGUUGUGAAAGAAAAUGUAAAUAAAGCUAGCUUGUUUCUUUACCUCA